AUGGCCCCCGGCCCUAGAGCAGCGGGGCGGCCGGCGGGGAGCCCCCCGGGGGGCGGGCUCACCAUCGCGGCGGCUCUGUGUCUGUUGCAUGGGGGGCUCUGGCGCUCCGGCGGCCGCUCGCCGGGACUGAUGAGCGACUGCAGCCCGGCCCGGAGGAAGAUCUGCCGGGGGAGGCGGAGGAGGAUGGCGGCGGCGGGGCCGGUGUGUAAGUGUCCCCGGACCCGGCUGCCCGUGGGGGGAGCCAGUGCCUUGUGUGUCUUUGUCCUUUGCUGGCUCUACAUCUUCCCCGUGUACCGGCUGCCCGACGAGAAGGAGGUCGUGCAGGGGGUGCUGCUGCAGCAAGGCAAGGCGUGGAGGAGCAACCAGACCGCAGUCACCGGCUUCAGGAAACAGCUGGAAGACUGUUGUGACCCUGGUCAGCUCUUUGCUAUGACAAAACAGAACUCUCCGCUGGGAAAGAACCUCUGGUUUGAUGGGGAAUUUUUACAUUCUGUCACUAUUGACAAUGCAACUUACUCCCUUUUCCCACAGGCUACCCCAUUCCAGCUCCCAUUGAAGAAAUGCUCCGUGGUGGGAAAUGGUGGGAUUCUGAAGAAGAGUGGCUGUGGCAGACAAAUAGAUCAAGCAGAUUUUGUCAUGCGAUGCAACCUUCCUCCUCUGUCCAGUGAAUACAGCAAAGAUGUUGGAUCCAAGACCCAGCUGGUGACGGCUAAUCCCAGUAUAAUUGAGAAAAGAUUCCAGAAUCUGCUUUGGUCUAGAAAAACCUUUGUGGAUAGUGUUAAAGUCUAUAACCAUAGCUACAUCUAUAUGCCAGCCUUCUCUAUGAAGACGGGGACAGAGCCAUCCCUACGGGUUUACUACACCCUGGAGGACUUUGGUGCCAACCAAACGGUGCUCUUUGCCAAUCCCAACUUCCUCCGUGACAUUGGCAAGUUUUGGAAGAGCAGAGGAAUCCAUGCCAAGCGGCUUUCAACAGGUCUCUUCCUUGUCAGCGCAGCCCUAGGUCUGUGCGAAGAAGUAACCAUCUAUGGCUUCUGGCCUUUUUCAGUGGACCUGCAUGGGAGGUUUAUCAGCCAUCAUUACUAUGACAAUGUGUUGCCUGAUUCUGGGUUCCAUGCCAUGCCAGAGGAGUUUCUACAGCUCUGGUUUCUUCAUAAAAAUGGUGUAUUGAGAAUGCAGCUAGAACAGUGUGAGGCCCCUUUAUUCCAGUCCUCUGCUUAAGAACAAUAAGGAAGGGCAUGGAGGAUCCUCUUUGUUUUAAUUUCCAUAUUCUCCAAAAAGAAAACUAAAAGAGAAAGGGGGAAAUAUUUAUGGAUUUGCAGAGACCUUAAAGAUGCUACUUGUUCCAUUGAUAACGUGAAGGCCAAACAAGAGACACAUCCUUACACACAGUGUUAUGGAGAAAUAAGUAGCUCUCAUGGAAUUCACUCUGCAUAAUUAUGAAAUUACUGUUGCACUCCUGAACCUGAUUGGUUCCCAUUUUAAAAGAUCAAUUGAAAAGGGGCAUUAAGGAUUGGAUGGAGACUGACUGUGCUAAAUACUACUUGCUGUUGAAAGUCCAUUUAAUUCCAGAUUAGCACGACCCCCUUGUUUUCCUUCCUUUCUUACUACCUUCCUUCAAGCCAGUAGUGCUGAAUGUCACCAGCUCCCAGUGACUUCAAGGGACGGAGCUGAGGGUGCUUAGACUCUGGUGAAACCAUGCCCAGUUUUUGUAAUCCCUGAAUAUUGGAAAACCCCUACCUAACCACAGUAUUUAGCAGUGGUAGUCCAGAACUCUGCAGUUUACAACCAUGUUAAUGUAGCAUUAUGGACUAGAGAUGGUUGGAAAAAUGGUAAUACAUUUUAAUGAAACGCUGGCAAAUUCUUUGGGAAAUGUUGAAGCUAAAAACAAUUCAAGUAGCUUGGUUUUGGCCUAUUGUUGUAGAAUAGUAAGUUUUGUAAUAAGGGCUGCUCCUGACCAAUUUACUGUACGUUCUUUGAGUCUCAUUCUGUAUUCCUUCUUACGUCAAAUGCUCAUUGAUCUCAGUGGGAGUUUGAGGCGCACAAAGGUAUGCGGGCCCAGGUUCUUAAUUUACUUGUAGCGCAGAUGGUACACAGUGAGUAUAGGUGUCUUUUAAAAUUUGUUAAAACACUGAAAAUCCUUUUUCCUUGAAGCGAUGUUCUGUUUGUGCGAUUAGAUCCCUUCCUGUCUGUAUUGCAAUGCUGGCUGUAAAGUCGUAUUUUUUUUUAAUUUUUUCUCCCCAGAUCAUCUCUGGCCCAAGAUAUUAUUUGGGGAAAAACAACCAGCCCUUGGGAGCGCUCUUUAAAAACUACAUAGUGAGCAAAGAGUAAAUGUCCCUGUCAGGUGCUUACAUAACACAGUCACUCUCCUUGAAAUCAGUGAGUUAUGUAAGUGUGUACAUUUCACUUAGGCUGCUCUAGCCUUUUCAUCUCUUCACAGACUAUUUUCAUUUUGUUUAUGGUCCUGGAACCUUUCUAAUGCACUGUAAAUUAGUACUCUUAUUUUUAGGACUGUGACAAAAAUAAAAUAUUAGCACAUCAUCUUUGUCACAAUUUCAGCUGCAAGAUUAGCCUUUUAAAUUCAGAUCUGCAUCCUUGUUGCUCUCUGCUCCAUCACUAGCAGCUACAAACUGUCAAAAUAGCAAAAAACAAGAACAACAGACAUUGGAUUGCCACAAGUAUUUCCUAUGCUAUGCAUAUAGUUCCAAACAGGCAAUGCUU